CGAGCCGCGGUCGAGCGAGCGCGUCUGGCUGAGAGGUACGUACCCCAGAGACCUUGUACUGCUCCCCGCGCCGCCCCGCAGCCGCGCACGACAUGAGCCAGGCCUGCUGGACCGGGAAGAGGACAGAUAUGCUCCCGGAGAUCGCCGCCGCCGUGGGUUUCCUCUCCAGCCUUCUGAGGACGCGGGGCUGCGUAAGCGAGCAGAGACUGAAGGUGUUCAGCGGGGCUCUCCAGGAGGCACUAACAGAGCACUACAAACACCACUGGUUUCCUGAGAAGCCAUCCAAGGGCUCUGGUUAUCGGUGCAUCCGCAUCAACCACAAGAUGGACCCCAUCAUCAGCAAAGUGGCCAGCCAGAUCGGACUCAGCCAGCCCCAGCUGCACCGACUGCUUCCCCGAGAACUCACCCUGUGGGUGGACCCCUACGAGGUGUCCUAUCGCAUCGGGGAGGACGGCUCCAUCUGUGUCCUGUACGAGGAAGCCCCGCUGGUUGCCUCCUAUGGGCUUCUCACCUGCAAGAACCAAAUGAUGCUGGGCAGGAGCAGCCCCUCCAAGAACUACGUGAUGGCCGUCUCCAGUUAGCUCCCCUGCCGCCCCCAACUGGCACUCUACUGUACUCAUCCUGCCAUGACAACAGGCCACUGCAUACCUCAACCUGGGGAACUGUGUUUUAAAUGAAGAGCUAUUUAUAUAUAUUAUUUUUUUUAAGAAAAGGGGAGAGAAAACCUAAAGAUUCUUUUUUAAAAGAAAAAAAAAUUCUUAAAGCGUGCUGCUUGGAAGCAGCCUUCCCAGGUGCCUUUGGAGAGAACUGUUGUGUGCUUGAAUAUAGGAACCAGUGUCUGUCUGUGGGAUGGGGGAGUGGUUAGGGGUGGGCCUAAGCAAGGUGAGGUGGGAGAAGCUUGGUCAGCACCCCAGGUAGAUGUGAGAGGGAGCAAGCAAGGUUAGCAACUGUGAAUGAGAGAGGUUAGGAUGUGCCCUGCGGGGACGAGAGAGGCCGAGUUCAAACCUCUCACUCUCCCAGCCAGGACACCUGCAUCCCUGCCUUUCUCUUACUCAGGGGCAUUCAAGCCUGGACUUAACUCCUGUUGCCUAAUUUUCACUUUUAUUUUUCUGAGAUCCUGGGCAGAGAAUGAUUCCUGUCCUAAGCAGCUUUUCUUGAAAUCAUGACUUGUUUCUAAUUCUAUCCUCAGGGGCCUGUAGAUGUUGCUUCCCAGCCAGGAAUCUCAAGCUUUUUGUUUUGUGGGGGUCAGGGGAGUAAGGCAGGGGUUGGAUGUUUCUGGAGUUGGCAUGGAAGGCACUCUGUACAAAACCUUUGCUCUGCAAUGUUCUGCUGUAUGUGUGGCAAAAAACUUGGCAUGAUUUGCAAUGGACUUUUAGGACCCAAAGAGUAUCCAUCAGGGAUGUGUUUUUGGCCAAAACCCUUCUUUUUGGAACCACAUGAAAAUCCUGAUGCUGCCAUUAUUCCUUUGAGAGGUAGCUCAAAAGCUACAGGGAACUCCAGGUCCUUUAUUACUGCCUUCUUUUUUAAAAGCACAACACUCCUCUUUAAUUCUCCUGCUCCUCUCUCCUCUGGUUGGGUCAUGGGGCUGCCCUAUUUUCUAGAACAAGAGUUCUCAGUCACUGUGCAAUAUGGCCUCCUAGUCCCUGGAGGGCGUGGAGGAGAACUGGCUCUCAGAACCCCUUGGUGCUUUGGUGUACUUAUGGAACCAUCUCUCCUUCUGUCCUCGGGACUGUGGCUGGCUGGUCAGCCUUCUAGGUAUCCCUUGGCUAAACGGGAGAAAACCCCAAGUUCUACGGGACUACUUGGUAUUCUUGUAGGGCUGACACUAAUAAACAAACUUUGGGCAUUGUUUUUUCUCCCUGGUGCUCAGAGCACCUCUAGGAGAGGUUGCUGUCUCUCUCAGUACAAUCCAAAUUUGUCUAUAGACUUGUGCAAUAUUUACUGUUCUGGGUUGGAGAAAAAUGGAAAACCACACUGAGAAGAAAUCCCAUUCCUUUGAUUUCUCAGUGACAUUAGAGAGGGGUCCUCAAGAAGGCCUUGAAUUUCCUGAACCGGAAUCACCUUAAGAAAGACCUAGCUAGAACACCUGGUCAACCUGGCUACCCUCCUACUGUUGCUCCUUAGUGAGGAACCUUCCUCCUCCACCCCAAAGGUCCCCUCGCCACUGCAGCCCCCUCUCCUGAGUUUCUUAACUACUCAAUUCUGACUCAUAGGUGCUAUUUACCAAACACUCUCCCAACCUAUUCCUGCCAGUUUUGCCUCCUUUGGCUUUCCAGAUCCCAGCUUCUUCCCAGACUGUGCUUCCAGUCUUUAUUGUUUUAAAGGUAACUCAGGCCCACAGUCCCAACGGCUUAUUUCCUGGAAUGUGGGGUUGAAACAAAGCUGUGAAUCACUGCAGAUUGCUUUGUUGUAUUUUGUCUGCAGAGGAGUCCCUGCCUUUUUAGAAGCAGCCUCAUGGUCUCAUGCUUAAUCUUUCCUCUCUUUAUGAUGUUCACUUUAAAAACAGCAGAAUUCCCAGAGCUGGACUGUUGAGCAGACCUGUCUCUCUUAUUAGGUAAAAAUAAAUAAUAGUGCGUUUCUAAGCUAUUCUGACAGAAAAGACAAAGGUUACUAAUUGUACAAUAGUGUUUUUAUGUGGAAAAUGUACAGCUUUAUGAACAAAUGUACACUUUUGUUACUUUAAUAAAAAUGUAGCAGAUGAAGUGUGGUAUAGAGAA